AUGCCUACCAACAAAUAUCAGCAAAGUGGUAGCGAGGGCAGCCAGUGCAGUAGUCCGACGACAGGAAGUGAAGUUCGGUCCCACCACAUUCUCCUAGCAACGCCCGCAUCUUCGCAGUCAACAUCACGACCGUCAAUUGCGAAAAUGUCAACACACUUUCGCCCGCGCGCGACUACGCCUGGAGCGCCGAGCCCUACACGUCCAUCAACGGCGCGCUCUACGAUUCGCGCUAUCUCGCCGUCGCCGCCAUCGAGCUUGAAUGAGGCUUCGCGACAGGAUUCUGCGACUACUGGAUCGCCGAUUGUUGAUACACAAGGUACAUCAGCGAAUGCAAAUGUGCGACCAAAGAGUGAUGGCUACCAGCGAGCAUACGUGCAUGGUUCUGGUCAUGAAGAGACGGACUUCGCCAACUACACCACAACAGCAGGGAACGGUAACGUUGGGAGCUCUCCCGCAAACAUCACUGCCAAUGUCACCAUUAAGAGAGGCGGCGGAAUGAUGACAAGGCGGUCCCCAGUAAAGCGCGGUUCCAGGUCAACAAGUCCGAAAAAACGUCCGUACAGCACACCGACCGAGUUGUCUUCGCAUCGCGAGUCGACAUCGCGUGACCAACACGACAUGACAGCCGCAGGCCCGCAAGAUGAAGAGACCCAGACUGGUGAUUACAUCGAUAGCGACACAUAUACCGACUGCCCAGACACGCCCACCCCAAUGACAAACUCCCAAAAACGCUCAGCCUAUCUCCCACUCGGAACUCCGACGCCCUUCCCAAAGUCUACGCGUUCUUCCAAAUCAAGAUCUAAAUCAAGCUUUCAUCAUGCCACCCCUACUGCAACGCCCACAGCUCCGGCGCCAAAGCUCGAGUUCUUCGACUCGUUCGACGAUCAACCAUCCUACGGCUCUGGGGCUUUCAACACGGACCAUCCCCAGGUGUAUGUUGGGCCAGAAGACAAGCUCAUGGCGUUCUACACCCGGACUGAACGUCGCAAGAUGCGCGAACGGGCGCUCGCAAGGGCUGCACAACCGGAGAUGGCAAUGCCUGGUUCUCAGACGGGCUACGCUACAACGUCAGAUCACCCAGCAAACGACGCCUUGGUCAUGCAGCAGCCACUGCGAGAAGAGGACAUUCGUGCACGCAUGCAUCUGGCCCCUCCACAGCAGGCCAUGGAAUCAUCGCCUCGGAAGUCUGUGUCAGAAGCGACCGGCAAUGUAGCAUGGCACGUCUCGCCAUCUGAGAGUUCAUAUGUCUCCGGAGGAACGGUCACUAGCAAACGUUCCGUCUUUAGCACACCUGGCAGAGACGAGCUCGAGAGGAAGAAGGCGGUUGUGGAGACUGAUGAUGGACCAUUCGCUAAAGCAGUGAGCAUGGCAGACCUGGAUGAAAGACGCAGGGUAGUCAGUGAGGAGGGCGCACGAGGUACUCAGACGAUUGAGGACUUGGAAGCAGAGGGCAGGCCGAAGAGAAAGAAGGAGAGCAGGACUUGUGGAAUGGGGAUCGGAUGCAAUGUGAUGUAG